GGAUUGGGGGGAAGGAGUGCCUUCACCCUGGAUGUUCGAGAGCCCCAGACACCGGCAUAAGGCUCGGAGGGCUCGGGGUUGGGAAGCGGAAGGUCUGGGUGCAUCCUGGGCCUCGCUGUGUGACCUUGGGCGAGCAGCUGCCCCUCUCUGGGCCUCAGACACCAUCAAUCGUGUAUGGAGGUGAUCCUGCCCCCCGCUUCCCUCACAGCUGAGGGCACCAGUGCCUAGUAGUACCAAGAAGCUCACCUAUCUUUUUGGGGUCCCGCAGCCUCAGCCAGGGUUAGGAGCAGGUGCACUGGUAAAACUGGAAGGAGGGGUGGCAUCGAGCUGGGACGCAAACUGGGGGACCAAGAGUCCGCCUCCGCUUGGAAUGGGCUUCUGCUGUUCUCAGUCUCCCGUUCAGGCGUACUCCCGUCUAUGAGAGCUCAGCGAACAGGAGACCUUGAUAUGUCAGCCUGGUGCCCCCCCUUCCAGAAAAGCUGGGGUGUGGGUGGGGACUCAGCCAUCAGAGGUAUGUGAGGGUGUCCCCCAGCCGGGAUGGGUGAGUGGUGGGUUCCUGAAAAGAGCAUAUAUACUCCCAUCCUCUUCCCCUCUCUAUCCCCCAUACCUCUUCAGUAAAAGAGCAGUUACUUUUUUUUUAACCAGUAAAACCUCUUUUUACCUUUCUUUCCAGGAGAUAGUUUGGUGGCUCAGAUGAGGGCCUCCCAAUAGUAGGGCAAGGGACUCCUUCCCAGGGCCCCUGCCCAGAGACUUGGGAGGCCAGGGAUGGAGGGACUUCUGGUUGUGGGGAGAGACAGCCUGGUGCCCCACAGGAAGUCAAAGGAGGGAAAGUGGGUAUGAGGGUCAGAGAGAGGAAAUGGGCUACAUAGCUCAGGUGCUGAGCUGGGGCUUGGAGGCGCUGCUGUGCUCUGGGGUAGGGAGAGGGUGAGUGAGACCUUGAAGCCCCCUUGCCUGUCCCAUGAAAUUCUGUGAGCUUUUGACCCGAGGGUUAACAAGGAAGUUUUUUUUUCCCUUCAGCUUUGGUUUGAGUCGUUUCUAGACUGGAUAGAGCCUCACUCAGUCCCUCCCAGUGACCUCUGUCUUGGCUGAAUUCUUGGCUGGUGUCUAAGAGUCUCAGAAUUAUGGAUAUACGAGACCAGACCUGGACAGAUGUGGGAGCAGUAACUGGACAAAGAGGCUAGUCCCUAGAAAGUGCAUUUCUGGUCAUAUUCUUCGUUUUAUCUCAUCUUGCUCUCACAUGUCUCUUGUUGGUCACUUGGUACUCCUUCACCUGUGCCUGGUCCUGUGUUGGGCACUGGGCACAGAUGGGGGGAUUGGACCUACUUCCUACCAAAGAAGGGCUGGGGAGGUAGACAGAAUCCAGUCACUGCUGAGGGAUGAGAGAACAGAGCCUUGGGAAGCCAGAACUCAGAGACCUGGACUUCAGAGAGAUUAGGAUAGACUUCCCAGAGGAGGGGGCAUGUGACCUGAGCAAUGAAGGAGUUGGAAUUAACCAGGAGAGAAGAGGGGGAAGCCCUUUUACAGCCAAGAGGACAUCAGCAAAGGUGGCCAGCAGGAAAAGCCCACUGCCCAAAUUCCUGUAGAUUCACCACUGAACAGUAUUUGUCAAGUUCCUCUCCACUCCUGCCCCACAUCAGCUAAGUGCCCCAGAAAGGGCUUGAAUGUCAAGCUCAGGAGUUUGGACCUUAUCCUGAAGGUGCUGGGAGCUUUGCGAGUUCUGAGCAGGGGCAUAGCAAGAUGAAGCUUAUGGUCUAAUGAGAUUAAUCUGAUGAUAUUUGCAGAAUGGGCCAGACAGACCAGGAAGGGCUGAGGAAGCCUGAGUUGGGGCUUAGGGCAUGAGGGUGGGGCGGGGCAUUGUACACACACACACACACACACACACACACACACACACACGAUGCUUUGGGGGUGAUGGAAGUGAGUCAUGCUCCACCACGCAGGAACAGAGACCAGUCAAUACUCAGCGGAAAUGCAGAGGGUCAUCUGAGAGAGACAGAUAAAGGGAUCUGGGCCUUCCAGGGGAGGGAUCGUGAUUUUCCUAUGUGCUUACUGUGUACCCUGCAGAGGACUGGGUGUUGCUGGGACUCUGAGGCCGUCAUGCCAGCAGUGAGAAAUAGAAGCCUAGGGCUUGGGGAGGAGCAGCAGCAUUGGCUGGGAAAUGCUAAGGGGUGGUCAUCUCCCGUUUUGGGGUUCAGAGGCUCAGAGAGGUGAAAGAGCACCAACCUUGUGGCUGUGGCCACCGUGGAGGGUAGUGGCUGGGCUAGAGUCAAAGCCUGGACUCUGUUCUUUUGCAGGAAACAUGCCUCUAUUGGAGGACGGAUUGAGGGAGGGAAUGAGGUGAUUGGUUAGGAGGCAACUGCACCAGUCCAGGCAAGAACUGGAUUGGGGCUCAGGGAGAGACAGUGGAAACGGAAGUUGGCAGUGAGGGCUAAUGGAUGAAAUUCCUUAUAGAAUCAGCAAGAUCAGGAGUGUGUCUCCUUCCCUGACAGUGUCUGUUUUACCCCUCAGUGCCAGAUGACCCAGGAAUAGACUUGUGACUGCCCCAGCCUUCAUCUUUUUUAGACCUUGUCCCAGCCCCAUCAGCGGCAGGUGGAGUGGUCCCCAUUUUUCAGGGAUAACAAGCCUUAUCCUGCCUCCCUUCUGUGGCCCGUGAUGGGGUCAGGUGAGCUUUGGGCCUCUAAAACCCUUCUGCAUGAAUGCAUCGAAGAUAUUGUUGAGUGGGUUUGUUGGUGACUAUGGUGACAGCUGAUCUCAGACUGCCUGUGUGGGAGUGGGGGCAGGUAGGCAGGGCUUGCCUGGAGUGGCCAGGCCAUGGACUACCCAGAGGCUGCAGGGCUGGCCUCGAAGAUCAGAGCCCUCACGGAAUGGCUCUACUGACUGAGCUCCCAGCUGCUGGCACAAAGCGUCUUAUAUGCACGGCCGCCAUGGACAAGAUUCUGGAGGCGGUGGUGACGUCGUCAUACCCGGCAAGUGUGAAGCAAGGGCUGGUGCGGCGAGUGCUGGAGGCGGCGCGGCAGCCGCUGGAGCGGGAGCAGUGUCUGGCGCUACUGGCCCUGGGCGCGCGCCUCUACGUGGGCGGCGCCGACGAGCUGCCGCGCCGCGUGGGCUGCCAGCUGCUGCACGUGGCUGGCCGGCACCACCCAGACGUCUUCGCGGAGUUCUUCAGCGCGCGCCGGGUGCUGCGCCUGCUGCAGGGUGGCGCCGGCCCGCCGGGGCCCCGCGCGCUCGCCUGCGUGCAGCUCGGUCUGCAGCUGUUGCCCGACGGGCCCGCGGCGGAAGAGGUGUUCGCGCUGCUGCGGCGCGAGGUGCUGCGCACUGUGUGCGAGCGCCCGGGGCCCGCGGUCUGCGCGCAGGUUGCCCGGCUGCUGGCGCGGCACCCGCGCUGCGUGCCCGAUGGCCCGCACCGCCUGCUCUUCUGCCAGCAGCUGGUGCGUUGCCUCGGCCGCUUCCGCUGCCCGGCCGAGGGCGAGGAGGGUGCAGUGGAGUUCCUGGAGCAGGCCCAGCAGGUGAGCGGGCUCCUGGCGCAGUUGUGGCGUGCGCAGCCUGCAGCCAUCCUGCCCUGCCUCAAGGAGCUGUUCGCCGUCAUCUCCUGCCCAGAGGAGGAGCCGCCGUCUAGCGCACUGGCCAGCGUGGUCCAGCACCUCCCGUUGGAGCUCAUGGAUGGCGUUGUCCGGAACCUCAGCAAUGACGACAGUGUGAUGGACUCCCAGAUGCUGACUGCUAUCAGCAGGAUGAUCGACUGGGUGUCCUGGCCCCUGGGGCGGAACAUUGACAAGUGGAUCAUUGCAUUGCUGAAGGGUCUGGCUGCUGUUAAGAAGUUCAGCAUCUUGAUCGAGGUGUCACUCGCCAAAAUUGAGAAGGUGUUUUCCAAGCUUCUGUACCCCAUUGUCCGGGGAGCCGCCUUGUCUGUCCUCAAGUACAUGCUCCUGACCUUCCAGCACUCCCAUGAGGCCUUCCACCUGCUUCUCCCUCACAUCCCCCCCAUGGUGGCCUCUCUGCUCAAGGAGGACUCCAACUCGGGGACCAGCUGCCUGGAGCAGCUGGCGGAGCUCGUCCACUGCAUGGUGUUCCGGUUCCCGGGCUUCCCGGACCUGUACGAGCCUGUUAUGGAGGCCAUCAAGGACCUCCAUGUUCCCAAUGAGGACCGCAUCAAGCAGCUGCUGGGGCAGGAUGCCUGGACCUCCCAGAAGAGCGAGUUGGCUGGCUUCUACCCCCGGCUCAUGGCCAAGUCGGACACGGGCAAGAUUGGCUUAAUCAACCUGGGCAACACGUGCUACGUGAACAGUGUCCUUCAGGCUUUGUUCAUGGCUUCUGACUUCAGACACUGUGUGCUCCGUUUGACGGAGAACAACUCGCAGCCCUUGAUGACCAAGCUGCAGUGGCUGUUCGCCUUCCUGGAGCACAGCCAGCGGCCUGCCAUUUCUCCAGAGAACUUCCUCUCUGCAUCCUGGACACCCUGGUUCAGCCCCGGCACCCAGCAGGACUGCUCAGAGUACCUGAAAUACCUGCUGGAUCGGCUGCACGAAGAGGAGAAAACAGGGGCAAGGAUCUGCCAGAAGCUCAAGCAGUCCAGCUCGCCAUCGCCACCGGAGGAGCUCCCUGGCCCAAGUUCAACCUCUGUGGAGAAGAUGUUCGGAGGCAAGAUUGUGACUCGGAUAUGCUGCCUGCGUUGCCUCAAUGUCUCCUCCAGGGAGGAGGCCUUCACGGACCUCUGUCUUGCCUUCCCCCCACCUGAGCGCAGUCGCCGCCGCCGCCUGGGUUCGGUGAUGCUCCCUGCGGAGGGCGUGGGGGCCCGGGAUCCCCCACCAUCAUCCCGGGCCCAGGGCCCAAGCAGGGUGGGUCUUCGGAGGCAGAGGAAACACUGCAUCACAGGGGACGCCCCCCACCCUGUCCUGGACAUUGAAGGCCUGAGCCCCCAGGGACCUGGGGAGCAGAGCAGCCGUGAGGAGAAGGUGGAGAGAGACGAGGAAGCAAAUGAAGAGAGAGCAGAGGAGGAGGAAGUGCCAGAGGAGCAGACGAAGGAAGAAAGGACCAGGGAGAAGGAAGAGAAGGAGAAAGAGGUGGAGGAGGAGAAGGCAGAGAAGGAGGCUGAGAAAGAGGCUGAGGAGGAGGAGGACAGCCCGGGCCCAGGGACCCACAGGGCCACCGUGCCCUCUGCGGAGGGCUCCCGCUCCGUCCUGGACCUGGUCAAUUACUUCCUGUCCCCCGAGAGGCUGACCGCAGAGAACCGCUACUACUGCGAGUCGUGCGCCUCGCUGCAGGAGGCGGAGAAGGUGGUGGAGCUGAGCCAGGGCCCGCGCUACCUCAUCCUGACCCUGCUGCGCUUUUCCUUCGACCUGCGCACCAUGCGGCGCCGCAAGAUCCUGGAUGACGUCACCCUCCCCCUGCUGCUCCGCCUGCCGCUGGCUGGAGGCCGGGGCCAGGCCUACGAUCUCUGCAGCGUCGUGGUGCACUCCGGGGUGUCCUCAGAGAGCGGCCACUACUACUGCUACGCCCGCGAGGGCGCCGCCCGCCCGGGCGCUUCCCUGGGAACUGCCGACAGGCCGGAGCCCGAGCACCAGUGGUACUUGUUUAACGACACUCGGGUGUCCUUCUCCUCCUUCGAGUCUGUCAGCAACGUCACCUCCUUCUUCCCCAAGGACACGGCCUACGUGCUCUUCUACCGGCAGCGGCCAGGGGAGGGGGCCGAGGCUGAGCCAGGCUCCCCCCGAGUGCGGACAGAGCCCACCCUCCACAAAGACUUGAUGGAAGCUAUUUCCAAAGACAACACCCUCUUCCUGCAGGAGCAGGAGAAGGAGGCACGGAGCAGGGCGGCCUACAUCUCUGCACUCCCCGCAUCUCCACAUUGGGGGAGGGGCUUUGACGAAGACAAGGAUGAAGAUGAAGGCUCUCCCGGGGGCUGCAACCCUGCAGGUGGCAAUGGCGGUGACUUCCACAGAUUGGUCUUCUAAUGGGAACCCAUCCCUGGCCUGCUUCUACUUGUGGGGGAGGUGUCACAGCCAGCCUCAGGGGAGGCCUUGACCCCUUUCUUCUGGAAGCUGGGUGGGGGCCCAGGUCCUGGGAGAGGCACGCUCUGCCAGCUGGGGUCUGAGGGAGGCAGGUCCAGUCCUGAAGGUAGGCCCUUCCACGGGUGAGAAAGAAAGGUGGAGAGGGAGCUUCUGGGACAGCAGUCCUCAGCCUGAGGGCUACACGGAGCCUCAGCUAUGGAGGUGAGAUCCAGCCCCUUACACUGGGCCUCAGGUCCUGGCACUGGGAUCAGCCCCAAUAGGAUUUUACACCCAAGUGUCCUGGUCAACUUGAAGCAGCUUAGAUGCACACUAGCCUUGUCCCCCCGCACCCUACCGACAGGGCUGAACCUCACAGCUCUAGUGUUUGGCCAUCAAGUAGCAUUUCCCUUCCAGCUCCUUUUAGACAACCCUAUUACUCUAUAGUAUAAACAGCAGAGCAGGAUCCAAGUCCUUGCACAAAGAAGGGGGCUCAGCUCUGGCUACCUUCCUGUUUCUCUGGGGGGGUUUCAGAGGUGCCCGCACCAUCUGUACCUGCACCCACACCAAGCAACAAUGCAUAGAGGUGAGGACGUCCCCCCUCUAGUGGGAGACCCUGAACCCCCUCUCCCUUAGCCUGCCUCAGUGCCUGAGAUGCCGCCGUUUGCAUCCCCCGUCUGGUUAAGAUGGAGAAUCCGUCCUUUACUGAAAAUAUGUCUUUCUCAUGAAGCCAUGGUCCUGAGGAACGCUGGCUGGCUCGGCUCCUCAUCAGCUGGCCACUAGAGCAGCAGCCUGGGGGCUGGUGGGGAUGGUCUGGUGAGGCGCAGAUACUGACCUCAUGUGCCCUGACACUGCUGUACCCCUUCCAAUGGAGAGAAGAGACCCAGGGUCUCAAACAGGAAUAAAAUAGUUCUCUGAA